CACCAAAACUCUGAACUAGAUUUUUUUUACGAUUAGAACCUUUGUGAAGAAGAUCGUUCGCGGUUGCUGUUCUAUGUGUUGAAAGUGGCCGAUCACGUCGAAGGUGAGGUCAACCUAAUGUAGCAUUCGCCGUCAUCUUGCCUAAUUGUAAUUUUCACCGUUUAAUUUGAUGUAUUGUUGCGUGGAGAAUACCAUUCGGUCGACCCUUAUCUCAAUCAGGUCAACCUUUGUUUGAUAAUUGUUCAAAAUUGAAUUUAGUGCACAACACUCGAACUUUUGUAGUUGUGAGGUAAGGAAGAUCAGCCCAAUAGGUCGAUCUAAUGUUGUUCAAGGUCGACCUAGUAUCGGAUUGGGUCGACCGCGAAACCAACAUGAUCUUCAUUUUACGUCAAAUAUGAUGGAUAAAUGUCCCUUCGGGGACAUCCGAUGAAAUAUGAUGGAUAAAUGGAUGCAACACUUUUUUUCAAUAUGGUCGGCCUCUUUCUGUAAAUGGUCAACCAUUUUGUUAAUGACCGUCAUCAAGUGGUCGACCUAUAUACCUUUACGGUCGACCAUGUUGCUUCUGACGCCAACGAAAAGGGAGAUCGAGGUUUUAUUGUGGUCGACCAAAAAUAACAACUUAAACUAUAAACGGUCGACCAUAUGAUCUUUGAGGUCGACCGUGAUGAGUCCUCAAGGUGCCCAAAUUAGUCAAUUCGGUCGACCUCCGUUAGGAUUAGGUCGACCGAAAUGUCCAUGUUACCCAUUUUCUUAAUUUUCAUUUUUUUAUUUAAAAUGUAAUUGCUAACAAAAAUUAUAUAUCAUGUUGGGUUAAUAUAAAAGUAAUAAUGUGUUUUUAUUGCAGGGCAUGUUCUUUACCGCUUUCACUUCUGAAGAAUAAAGCUCAGUCUUAUCAAUAUUUGAUAACAAGACUUUUUUUAGUGCUUUUCCUACCAUUAUCAUUCAACGUACAUAAAGGUCUCAAAUUUGAAUUUCUUAACAUUCUCCUAAAAAAUAUUUGAUAACAAUAUAAUUUAGUAAUUGCAUAAUUAUCUAUAAAACUGUGAAUUUUUCAGAACUAAAAAUCCAGUGGUAGACUGAUUAAAUCAAGGGAACAUCGUUUUGCAGGCUGUCUGUGGUACAGGAGGCUAUUUGAGUCUAUGUAUUCAAAGCUCACCACCAGACGUUCGAUGGCCAUUGGUUUUGCUGAGAUGUAGUAAACGUUGCAAGAGGUUUUUUUAUGAUAUAAAAUCGUAAUUUCAUAAUUAAAAAUAAAACUUGAUUACUUUGAUUUGAGAUUAAACAUUUGGGGGAGCUUGUAUGCACAAACAAAACGUAGAAAAUUGCUAUAGAUACUAAACUAGAUUAAGGACUUUGUUACGGUGAUUUUCAAGUCAUCGUGACUUGGAUUAAAUGGUCGAUUGUAAGUGUAUGCGGUAAACCGAAUACAUUAUUGCUACGUCCAACAAGAGGUCGAAGCUGAUGGCUCACUGAUCGAUCUAAUGGCUCAAGUGGUCGACCUUAAUAAUGAAGAAACAAACAUGGAUAAUAAUACUAUGAAUGUGGAGCAUGAAGAAACAAACAUGGAUGAUAAGGUGACAUGCAUGGUGGUGACGAUGAAGAAACUAAUGAAGAUGAUGGCAAGACGAACGAGGAGCCCAGAGAAGAGCCAAUGAUUAACACGAUUGAUGAUAUGGGGCAAAUAUCUAGUCAUGUUAGUCACAUGAUCUCAUAAAGCGUUGAGGGUGACUGUAACUUAGAUGUGGGAUGAAUUUUAAUCUUUCAGUGGAAGAUACAUCUAUCCCAUCUAUCCCAACAUAUCUAAGCCCCAUAAUUUUAGCAGCACCAAUUGAGAUAAUCAAGAUGAGUGAGGUGAGUGAGAUUAAAGAACUCCAUGAAAUACAUUAUUCUUUUUAUUUAUUUUGUGUGAUCAACCCAACAUAUCUAAGCCCCAUAAUUUUAGCAGCACCAAUCGAGAUAAUCAAGAUGAGCGAGGUGAGUGAGAUUAAAGAACUCCAUGAAAUACAUUAUUCUUUUUAUUUAUUUGAGAUAUGUGUGACCUAUUGUUAGGUGUGUUUAUUGUGUUCCAGCGUUAAAGAUAUUAAGCAUUUAAGAAUAUAUGAUUCUUACUACUAUGAUUGAGUUCAUAAUUUAUAUGGUAUUUUGUUAGAUUUCAGAAGGUGCAUGACAUCUGGGUCCUAUGAGGUCGAUUGGACUAUUACAAAGGUAAACCAUAAUAGACAACAACUCAAGGGUUCUUGUAUAAGGUAGACCGUAAAAUCAGUUAUUUUAAUCUACAAAAAGGAUGGUUUGUUAAGUUUGAGGGUCGAGCAUUCUUCCGUGUGGUGGGCCUCUUCUCUGGAAUGGCCGACCACUUUGAUGGAAAUAUCAACUUUUCUGCUAAUGUGUCUCUUAUACACGAUCGACCGGUCCAUGUUUAAGGUUGACCGCAUUCUUCCAUCAGAAUGACCAUAUUGUUGUAAUUUGUUGACCACAGCCACUUACAGAUCGACUGUUUUGUCUAAGUAAUUGUGACUUGCAUAGCGAGAGCAUUAAAUACUUUUUGUAAUCCAUAUUCACUUUGAUAAUAUACGAGAAAAUCAAAGAAUGUCACAAAUAUUUUUAUGCAAAAUUACUCUAUUUCAUAUCGAUUUCUCAAACGACAAUCCAUUUGAAAAUAUCAGUAAUUAUUAGUUCUCAAUGACCAACAUCUCUUAAACAAAUCAACAUUAUUAGCAAGAAAAGAAAAUCAAUAUGGUUGUUUAUCCUUUUAUAGAUCAAUUCGCUAAUACACGGUUAAGCAAACUCUUUAAACAUUAUAUAUUGAGAAAUACAUAAUCUAACUAAUUUAGUAACUAUCAUUAACAAGCCAAUUUAUAAGCUAUAGAUAAAUUCUCUUAUACAUCGCUAGUUGGUUGGCUCGCUAGCUCGUGAGCUCAAAUUGAGCCAAUACAUGAGUUAAACUCAACGAGCCACCGAAUUGAGUUGGCUCGCGAGCCUACCAAGAUUAAGCUCAAACUCAGCUAAAUAAGUCGAGUUUCGAGCGAGUUUUUUCUAAUUCGAACAUCGAACCGAUCGUGAGCAGUUUGACUAAUUUACAACUCUAAACACAAAGUGGUUAACGAUUAAUCGAAAACCAACUAAACGGUUUUGGUUAUAACCGAACAUAACCAAUUACUAGACCUAAUUGAGAAGGUUGAAGAGUGAACGAGAUAAUAUACCAUAUUAUCAGUUGUAGAAGCUAUGUCGUUUUUCUUGUAUUGAUUUUGCGUUUCAUUGAAGGCUGAUCGAGAGGUAGAGGCGGCGGCGCCAAAUCUUUUCUGGGUUUAGAGAAGGCGGCUGUGGUUUUGAAAAGAGAAGAGAGUCAUCGGUGAUAGCUCGUGGUUUCCGGGAGCUUAGGAAGACAUAAAAGAGUAGCUACCGGCGUCCGUCGCCCGCCGUGAAGCAGCUGCAUAGACGGCCGGCGUCGCUGCGUUAAUUAACACUGCUUUUUUCCCCGACUUAUUCUCGGAACAGCAGGUUUGAGUGCGCCGCCGCUAGCGGUAUUGUCCCUGCAACUAAAAGGGUUUUGUUCAUUCCGCAUACGAUUCCUUGCCUUGGAUUACUCUCACGGUAAACCUCACUUUGAUUAAAACAAGUGCUUACAGGAGUAACUUCUCGCGCCUGUUUUUAGCUUCAACUUCGGAAACUUGUGCUUCCGGUUCCAUUUGCAGAUUGAAUUUCAGUCCCCAUUGCUCUCUUUGAGCUUGAUUUUGGCUUGAACUUGAUUGUUAGCCUUAAUUUCCAUUUCUAGCCGAAAUGGCAUUCUUGUGAAUGUUCUCUCGCAUUUCUAGUGCGCAGAUAGCCCUGCCAUCUUUUCCUAUGAGCUCUUGUGAAGUUAUAAUGCGUUUGAUUAUGAUGUAGAGGCUGCUUUUGAUUGGAUUUCCUUUUGAUGGUUCCUUGUAUAGAGCAAUUUUUUGGUUCAAAUUUGUUUGCUUUAUGUGGUAGAAAUUACUAGGAGCAAACCCAAUGUGAGGAAUAGGUAGUUGUUGGAGUUUUUUUCCCAAACUAAGCCUUUGGUCUUAACCUGGCUUGUUCCUUUUCAGAUCGCUGGAAUGAAAUUGGCUAGGAUGUCCGACCUUCUACGCCCCCGCUUCUUCAACCAACUUCUUUGUGGUGAAGGUCAGACCUUUCUUCGCUGCUUAAACAAGUGGCAGUGGAAGCACCUCCAAGAGAAGAAUGCUUGGGAGAAGGAGACACGCUUGCUCGACCUAGGUAGAAUGGGAUCCCCAAUUCAUGUUAAGCUAGCUGGUGAACCAAUCUCCAGUUCUUCCGAUUCCUCUACCAAUUGUAACCACAUGACACUAGAAUGUCACUUGAAUGCUAUGGCUGAUCAUUUGUCGGAAGGAGCUGAUUUUUUGAAUGAAGAUGAUGGCUCUCUGCAGCUAAGGGCAAGGUUGCACAGACCGAAUGAACGGUCUGGAUUGAUCAGGGUAGGCAAUCUUAGACAAGGUUCAGUCAGGUCACCGAUUGAUUUGAGGAAGUUAAUGGCGGAGCUGCGAGGUAAUUCAACCUCUAUUUAUAAUUUCUCAACAAGUAGGGACUAUUCUACCCUGAGAAGUGCAGGUUCUCAGAGUAAAAGUAAUUUGGGCAAGUCUUUUGCUCAGAGACGAUUCAAAUACAGAAAAAAUGAUAGUUCUUCGAGCGACGAUGAUGUGGAGAAUGCUGAUUAUCGGGAGUCUGGCCCGGCGGAUCGGGUGGCUGUGGGUGGAAAGAGACGUGCAAAAGAGAUCGGGAGCUUAGCUGCUUUAGCGAAUUAUGAUCUGAAGGUUAGGAAGCGAGUCCCAUUGAAGAAAAUUGAGGAGGAGCUUGAUUUUUCAAAGGACAUGGAGUUGAUUAGACAUGAGGUUGGCAGGCGUAGGUUGGUUGAAGAAGCAGAUGAGACUGAUGAAGGCAAGGAAGAGCCGUUUCUUAGUGAAAAAAGAUUUGAUGAGUGUGGUAUAUCUCCAUUGACAGUUAAGGCAAUGGCAGCAGCUGGCUAUGUUCAGAUGACCAGGGUGCAGGAAGCUACUUUAUCUGUUAGUCUUGAGGGGAAGGAUGCUGUGAUUAAGUCAAAAACUGGCACUGGGAAGAGCGCGGCUUUCUUGCUUCCUGCAAUUGAAGCAGUUUUGAAGUCAGCAAGUAGCAGUGCCAAGCAAAGGGUCCAUCAAAUAUGUGUGCUUAUUCUCUGCCCUACUCGGGAGCUAGCAAGUCAGAUAACUGCAGAAGCAACUGCUUUGUUGAGGUUCCAUGACGGAAUUGGGGUUCAGUCACUAGUUGGAGGUACUCGUUUCAAGGAUGAUCAGAGACGCCUAGAGUUUGACCCUUGUCAGAUAGUUGUUGCAACUCCUGGUAGGCUACUAGAUCACAUAGAGAACAAAGGUGGUUUGUCUGUGCAUUUGAUGGGAUUGAAGAUGCUAAUACUUGAUGAAGCUGACCACUUGCUAGACUUGGGAUUCCGUAAAGAUGUGGAGAAAAUUGUGGAUUGCUUGCCUCGUGGAAGGCAAUCCUUACUGUUCUCUGCAACUAUUCCAAAAGAGGUCCGCCGUAUUUCUCAGCUUGUACUGAAAACAGACUAUGUUUUCAUUGAUACAGUUGGUCUGGGAAGUGUGGAAACUCCUGUCAAGGUUAGGCAGUCUUACCUUGUGGUUCCACACGAACUCCAUUUCCAAGUUGUACACCAUCUCUUGAAAAAACACCUCAUGCAAAUACCUGAUUACAAGGUCAUUGUCUUCUGCACAACAGGGAUGGUAACAUCCCUGAUGUACCAUGUUCUCCGGGAGAUGAAAAUGAACGUGAGAGAGAUGCACUCAAGGAAGCCUCAACUAUAUCGUACUCGCGUCUCUGAUGAAUUCAAACAAUCGAAGCGGUUGAUUCUUGUUACGUCUGAUGUUUCAGCUCGUGGAAUGAACUAUCCCGAUGUCAGUUUGGUGAUUCAGGUGGGUAUCCCUAGUGACCGAGAACAGUACAUACAUCGUCUUGGAAGAACCGGGCGGGAAGGGAAAGAUGGGGAAGGAGUCUUGUUGUUGGCUCCAUGGGAAGAAUAUUUCUUGGAUGAAUUGAAGGAGUUGCCUCUUGAGAAACUCCCUUCACCUGACAUAGAGCCACCAGUUAAACUUAAGCUGGAGAACUCAAUAGCAAAAGUUGAUACCAGCAUAAAAGAGGCAGCAUAUCAUGCUUGGCUGGGAUACUACAACUCAAUCAGGGAGAUCGGGAGGGACAAGACGACGCUUGUUGAGCUGGCCAAUCAGUUCUGCGAAUCGAUAGGAUUGAAGAAGCCCCCUUCCAUCUUUAGGAAAACUGCACUGAAAAUGGGAUUGAAAGACAUCCCUGGUAUCCGAAUUCGACAGUAGAAAGGCCAAGCUCAACUAACUUGGAGAAGAGGAUCAAGAUUUGAGGAGGACCAUUUGCUAGAGUAAGAGGUCAUCGUUGUGUUGGUUCUGUUUUUAUGUUGCACCCCGUAACUUUUCCAAUCACUCUUUCGAAAAACACUUCGCCAUCAGUCCAUCACACUCAUGCUGAUUGAGCGAUUUCAUGCUUAGAUUUUAGGAACCCUCUGUUUUAAUACUUGAUGGCCUGUAAUUAGUUCUCUAAUUGGAUGAUCCUGCCUUUUGGAGCGUAUUUUAGGCUUUAAUAGCUUGGAUUUCUAAAGGUUAUGCAUCUUUUAGAGCUUCAAUCCAAUCGCAAACCACAAGGGGUUUGGAGUUGCCAGAAUCUACAUUUUGGAAUGACUUCAAUGACGGCUUUCUCUUACCAAAACCAGCACAUUCCUAGCUCUCAUUGGGCAUCUAACUGAGCCAUGGUAUCGAAGGAAUUAUUUAGCCCACUGUUAAUCCGCAACGGUUGGUUGGUGAGUGGUAUAAAAUCUAUUACUGUACGUUCUUCCACCAAUUUGAGUUAUUGGAACUAAGUGGUUUUUGACAUGGUAUUAGAGCUUUUUGUGCUCGAGAGGUUUUUUUUGUUCGAACAACUCGAGUCAUUAGAACUAACUGGUUUUUGAAAUGGUAUUAGAGCAUUCUCUAACCAAGAGAUGUUUUUGUUCGAAUCUCGGAUGUUUUCCCAUUUAUGAAGCACAUGAUAUUCUCGUAUUAGGAACCUAACUUUCGUUUAAGGAAGUAUAUAAGUGAGUGAUAUAAAAUCCACUAUUAAAUCUCUUCCAACAACUCGAGUUAUUGUAAAUAACUCUUUUUUCACGAACAUCCAUAAACCUUAAACAAUUGGUUUCUCAAAUCCAGGAGGUAUAUGCUCAGAAGGGGCCUAAACAAUGUGUAUCUACUAUUUUACCUCGAUCUUUUGGACACUUUUGACAGAUAUCAAGGCCUCAAAUCCUUCUAUUCUAUUCCUUCGGUAUGAGGAAUCUAUUCUUGAUACAAGUGUGAAACCCUUCUUUCUUUCUUGGUCAGUGUAAUUUCACUUGCCUUUUUAGCGAUCUGGCCAUAACCCUCCCCAGAGAUCAUCACAAUUCACAGGUAAGGAUUCCGUUCUCUCUUGUCUUGGGGACCUUCAAUACUCUUCUUUCCAUUGGCAAAAACGUCAUGGUCGGUGAAUUCGUAACUCAAAAAUCGCUGUUGGUAGAUGAUUUCGAAGUUUGAAUCUAAAAUGUGUCGGAUGUUCUCUUCUUUACAAGAAUCGAUGAUAGUAAGUACAUGACAAUUCUCCAGCUGUAUUCAAUUUCUUACAAUGUUAUUAUAUAUAAAUAAAAACAUUCACUAAACCAUGGUUUUAGAGAAGACAGUUUCUCUAUUCAUAUUUCAUACCCAACGAGCAAACGACGAAACAACUAGUCACUAAUGGAUAGUGGAAUCUCUUCUAUUUAAUAACAGCAAUUGCAAUUUGCAACGUACUUUCCCUCUUUGCUUUCCUUUCUUCCUUCCCCUGCCUUUUCUUCUUACAUAUAUAUGGACCAUAUGAUAUCAGUUUGUUUGCCCUAGUCUUGUUCAGUGAAUGAUGUGAAACAAGCUUUACAUAACAAGCGAAAAAUCGACGGCAGUGAACAAAAAAGUCGACUUGUUGAAGCUAUUUGCCACCUGCGUUAUUGAGAGGGAGAGGAGAGAAAAAGGUUAGUUAGUGCAGAGGUCGGAGCCAUGUUGAUGGCAGCAGAAGUCAGUCUCAAUCAAUUCUCAAAAUCAUUGUAACAUCUAGUUCCAACGAAAUCCAUAUUUCGAUCGUUUAGAAAUUACGCGAUUAAAAUCGAGUGUUUUGAUAGUAUCUAUUGUUGUGAGAAUGGCAAUGAAGUCGGGAUGAGGCAAUUAAAAAAAGCAUACAACUUCAUUAUUCUACUAAAAAGUCGAGAACAACACUUGCAAUAUUGUGAGGAUUGCAUAGAUUGAUGAGGUCUAGUUAUUUGAAUGAUGGAUCAUUUCACAUAAAUUAUAGCUACACUAGAAUCGGAGUACGAUAUAACGCAACUUAAAAAAUUAGUCAUGUUGGCAUACGCCAAGAGUAUUCGCUAUUAUGAUAUUUUUAGUGAUACGGAGCUAUCUAGACCACCAGCUAAACCGUGUUUGGUUUAAUAAAUAAAUAAACUAUACUCUUUCCACUAAUGGGUAAGCAUCGGAUCCUAGUUCUGUAUACUCAAAAACCGAAAAAUCAAUUUAAUAAAAUAAAAAUCAAUAGAAAAAACAUAAUAAUAAUCAAUCAUUCUAAUUUAUCAAAGUAUAUAAAAAGAUAUGGGUUUUUGAUCGAUAUUCCGAUUUAGCAUAGGCAACACCUUACACCUAUGUGUCUCAUAGUCCAUUGACGUGUUUUUUAAUUCCCAAAUCACUCCGGAGCCCCUGGACGAGGCGUUUUGUUGCCUAGGGCCUAAGUGUGAUUAAGCGUUAGUUUAAACGCGAUUUCUUGAAUCAUGGUAGGAUUAUAUGUAUAUUUUGUAAUAAAUUAGAAAAACAUACUAGUUCAAAAGCUUUAGGCAUUCUCAUCGUUCCAAAUUUUUUUCCACAAAAUUUUAGCUCUUUUCAUUCAGAUUUCUAACUCCGCCAUAACAGGGUUAAAAAAAAAUAUAAUGGAGGAGAGGGGUGCUGCUUUCUUUUGGGUUAUCUAGCUAGCAACCAUAUAAAAUGCCUUUUCCUUUUUAAAAAGCCACUAUCCACUCUUGGACACUAUAGAUAUAUAGUGCUCCCUCCCACAAAUUAUUAAGUUAUAGGUUACAUUUUUCCUAUAGUGGAUUCUCAAAGUGGAUGGCUUGGAGCCCAUCAACUUAAUUAGUUGAACACAGGAAGAAUAUAAAAUACAUUAGUAUUA